AUGCUUCGAAACAUUGUACGAACAGGCUACCGCUGUAGCUUUAAAAGUCAGUAUAACAUUCUUUCACGCUGUAAUAGCAAGGACGCGAGCUAUUACAUAAUAAGAAGAAUAGGCUCGGCUGCAACUUCUAAUGACCCAUUUGGACACGACUGGACCGCCGCUCCACAACAACAAACCACAAAGACUGACCCGUUUGCAGAUAGCAGCUCAAGUGCUGGUUUUCCACAACAUGAGGGAGGCGAGGUGAACAGGAACGACUCUUUUGUUGCUGAAACGAGGAACAUAGAAUCAGAGAGAACUAUCUCCGACUACGCCCCUCGUACUUCUCGCUUUCCUCCAAAAUGGACUCCUGAGGAACAAGAAAAGCUUGCUCAAGCAGUAUCAGAUUAUGGCAGAGACUGGAAGCGUAUAUCUCAAAAUGCAUUUUCUGGCCUUCGCAGCCCAUUGGCAUGUGAAACACGUUACAUGACGCUAACAUGGUCACCUGAGAUGUCUAGUCGAUUAUUCGCCGUUGUUGAAGAGCAUGGGACUAAAUGGAAUCGUGUUAGCAAAGAUCAUUUUCCAGAAUGGUCCGAUAGAGCGCUUCAGAUAUGGUAUGAGAAAUUUAAAGGUCGUAGUGGUGCCGAGGAAGCUUCAGGAAGUUAUCAACGCAGAAAUACUGAUGAAUUCGAGUCUCGUUAUCGUCGGCUAUGGACAGAGGAAGAAAUUGAGACCCUCCGUUCAGCAGUAAAGGAGUAUGGAACCGAUUUCGAGGGUAUAUCUCGAGACGUGUUCAAAUCCUCGCGAAGUCCAUUAGCUAUACAGAUAAAAUAUGAGCAGAAGAUAGGUCUAAAUCAAGACAAGCAUGGGGGAUCGGAAAGAAAAAAGAGAUAUCCGAAUGAGGUACCUAUAUUUAUCCAACAAGAUUACGUGAAACUUCUCGACGAAAAUGGGAAUCUUUUGGUAGACCAGUCCGAACUACAUUCCAAACUCGGGUCUGAACUCACUCGUUCCUGGUCACAUAUAGCCCGGAUGAUGGGUCCGCAUGUUAAUAAACUUCAACUUUCAUUUGACACACCUCCUCUUCCAACCGUGUUGCCGUCUCAAAUUGUUCAAUGGAGUAAAGCAGAAAAUGAGACGUUGUUCACUCUGGCGAAAGAAACUAAUAAUGACUGGAAUAAGGUAGCCGAAAGUCUGCCAGGGAAGUCAAUGGACGAGAUUAAAAAUAGAUACGCGGGGCCAGAUUGGAGUGCCGAAGAGAUCGAUUUACUACACGAAGCUAUGAAGGAACACGAUACAGAUUGGACUAAAAUAUCGAAAAAAGUUACUGGAAAGAGUCCUGGACAAUGUUGGUCGUACUGGAGAAGAUCAACCGGAGCAGACUUGGAGCAUGAAACUAAUAAAGAGAAGAGCUCGGAGAUUGCUACAGCGAGCUCCCAAAAUGUUCGAUUAAACAUUCAAAUGUCAGGCAAUAUAUCCUUGGAAUAUGUGUUUUCGCGUACUAAUGAAACAAAUCCGUUUACUUCCGAUAACACGAGCCAAUCUCUUUAG